AUGGGGGACGGCGCCGUGAUGGAGUGCUGCUUCAGCCCGUGGGACGCCGGCAAGCACGCGCAGGCGAAGUACAACGGGCAAUGCCAGUGGUGUUCGCCAGUACGCAUGCAGACAAUUUGCAAGACGCAGCGGCUUUCCAAGCUGGCGUCUCACAGCCUGGCGAAUCUUCAGAAGCUCGACGCGGGCAUCUACGAUAUCGCCGUGGAGAGGGUGGCCAUGCGCGAGGGCGGAGACGAGCUCAUCUCCCGUGCCAAGGAGAUCGUCGCGAAGAACCAGCAGGCCGCGGCGCCAGCGCAGGAUCCGGUGGAUGACCAGGGCGACGUCGUCAUGGAGCUUGCCGAGGAGGCGCCCGGCGGCGCGCUGGACGCAGCGGAGCCGCCACCGCCGCCGCCUGCCGUGGAGCGCCAAGGACAACGCUUGUGCGAGGGGUACGAGCUCGGGCGCGUCAUGGGGCGCAAGCUCAAAGGCAAAGGCGACUGCGGCGUGUGCGUUUUCUCCAGGGCGGAGCCUGGCGAGCGCGCCUUUGCCGCGGGCGGUCAUUGCGUGUUCUGCACGCCUGCGCGCAUGAAGGAGGCGGCACAGAAUCCCAUGAAGAAGAAGCGCGUCAUGGCCGACCUGAACAAGUUCAAGCAGGCGAGCGCGGCUCUCCAUGCGAAAGCGCUCGGGAGGCUCCGCAGGCACCUGACGAUGCAUGACUACAAGGUUCUUGUAACUCCACACAAUUGCUGCCGCGGGGCGGGAGAGCACGCGUGCCCGUUCAGCACAGCGAAUCCGGGUCAGCCAGCGCGCGUGCUGAAGGAGGACAAGCACCUGUGCAGCUGGUGCGACCCGCAGAGGCUGCGCGGCAUGCAGGGCGUCAAGCGCAGCGGCUUGCUGAAGCAAUUGAAAGCCUUUCGCGAGAAGGACGAGGCUGUGUUCGACAAGGCCGAGGCAAUCCUAAAGAGCGUCUACGGCGACGACUACGCGGCGCAGAUGCGGAAGAAGACGGUUCGCCAGAAUCAGCAGGCGGCCCGCGCUCAGAGAGCCCGGAGGCGCAGCGGGAAGACCGAUUGGCCAGAGAAGCUCAAGAGGCGCGCUCUGCAGAUGCAGAAUCCAGCGGACGACAAGGAGGCGCGGAAGAAGUUCCCGAGACUCACCCUGGAGAACCACAAGAAGGUGGAGAACUCGUUCUUCAAGGACAAGGCCGAGAGGAGAGUCCGCGGGCGCGCCGACGAGAUCCCCAAGGGAGAGGAGUUGGACCCGCCGCUGGAGGCAGCGAGCUUCAGCGAUCUCUCCAAGGGGUUGGAGUCCUGGGCUCUGCGCGGCUCCUGGGGGAUGUGCAAGGAUUGCAGCGUCCUGCAGCCGCGCCCGAUGCACGAGGUCGACAUGUUCCGGGACGCCAGCGAGGAGAUCUCGAAGAGCGCUUGCCGUCGGUGCAACGCCUCCCGCAAGAUGUUCGUGCCGCUGCCGGAGCAGGUGCCGAAGAAACUGCGCGAGCUCUCCGAGGAAGCCGUCGAGGCGCUGAGGCCCAUUGAGAUUGAUGUCGGCCCCGAGACGCGGUCCACCGACAAGUUCGGGCGGCCGAACGGGUAUCGGAAGAAGAUGAAGAUGAUCACCUUUUAUUUCUCUCGCUGGCAUGUGCGUGACAAGAUCAAGGAGAUCGAGGACAAGGAGAUGCGCCACAGGGCGAAGAGGGCGCUGGAGUACCUGCUGUCAUGCGAGGAGUCCUCGUACAAGUACUUCUACGACAUGCAUGAGAAGUUCCUCCGCAAGAACGGCGACGAUGCCGCUGAUAGGAAGCGCAAGCGGCCGUACCACUUCUUGCAGGAGGUCGGGCUAGAGUGCGCGCUGUGGCCACACCUGUACUGGUGCACGGAGAUGACGGAGACUAAGGAGCAGUGGUCGGAUGCGCGUCGCGAAGAAAGACGGCAGGCGCAGGAGGCGAAGAAGAAGCCGGAGUACGGCUACCGCAGUGACGACUCCGACGAAGACGACGGCAGCGGCGACCAGGAGAGGAGCGAGCGCACGAGCGUCAAGCGGUCCUUCAUCACGAAAUGCUUAUCACCACUCCUGGGGUACGGGUCCAAUUUCGAAUUGUUGCAGUUCGUGUACGACUUGAAUAUGUGGGCCACGCUCGGCGGGAAGAAGAACCUGGGUCUGGACAACGUCCCCAUGCGAGUGCUCAUGAAGGGCCAUACCUUCUCACCUCUGUACUGGAAGGAGGUUCACAACGGGCUCGUGGACCUUGUCCGCCAGAUCGGCUUCCCCAAGCUGUUCUUCACCAUUGCGCCGUGGGAGCCAGCGUUCAGGUACCACGACUGGUUGCGGGAUGAGAUGGAGAAGACUCUGAGGACCCGCAUGUAUCUGCCCGUGGGAGAGACGCUGCACAUCACUCACGUGCUCAUGGAGAUUGUCCGUGGCCUCCUCGCGGGGAACAACCAGCAGCGCAUGGAUCGGGAGAGUAUGUCGUGGACGAAGCACGUGUUUUCGGCGAAAGACUCAGAUGGGAAGCAGGUGCGCGCGCAGUCCUUCACGCGCUUGGAGUUCCAAGACGGGAGCCGCAAGGAGGGGACGAAGCGCUACGACGGGUCCGGGCGGCCGCACUUGCACGCGUUGUUCUUCGCAGACGACGAGGCGAUGGCGAACAUGGGGCUUGACCAUCACCUGUUUGCCACGAAGCCCGAGGACUUCCCAGACCACCUCAAGGGCUACGUGGACGGCUCGCAGAUGGACAGGCACGGCGGCGGAGAGAGCAAGUGGCCGAUCUACCACGGGCCGUCAGGGGUGCACAACAGCGAUGGCAUUCUGGAGCUGAAGCACACGGAGAACGACCACGACUCGGGCAUGCGAGCCUUUUGCGCUGACGUCAUGGACGGGCAACCAUGCCACCAGGAUUGGCUGAAGAGCGACGGCGAGACCAUGCUCCUGCAGUAUGUCUCCAAGUACGUAGCCAAAUUCUCCGACAGCAGCUACGACGAGUGGAUGAGCGACAGCGCCUCCGCGGACAGCGUGGCGCGCCGCGUGUGCUUCGAGUAUCACCCGUACGAGCCGGAGAUGAUUCUGCAGCUGUGCGGCGCCCAGUUCCGGCAGUACGACAUCUCUACGGCCAGUGGCGGCUUCCGGACCGUCUCGGCGCCCUACGCGGGCAUGUCAGUGGUGCCGGAGUGGGUGCAGAAGUACGCCGAGUGCGCGUGGCGCCACGACGGAAUGGCUCUGCUGGAGUGGUUGCGCAAGACCAACGACGACGGGAACAUCGCGGGUUGGCUGGUUCGCAAGCACAAGCAGGAGCUCAUGAUGGCGCUCUACCAAAGGUAUCGGAAGACCAUGGACGACGGGGAGGAGCCGCUGACGCUCGACGCUUACUGGCGCAGCCUCCGCGCCGCGUUCAAGGACGAGCCGAACAGCGAGGAGGCGCCGAUGACAUUCGUGGAGUAUCUCGCCGCGAGGUAUAGGCGGGAGAAGAGCGACGACGAGGUGGAUUUCCCCGAGUUGGAGCAGUUCGCGCAGGCGUACCGCAUGCAGGGCGAGAAAGUCGUCAGCGUCGAGACCGUGUACGAGCUGAAUGACCGCUACUACGGCCAGUGGGCUGCCAUGAACGUGCCGUUCCGUUCGCUGGACGAGUUAGUAUUCGAAGACAUAGAACAGCGUGUCCCCAGGAAGUACCGCUACCUGGCGUCGGCGCUGCGGCUGUGCUCGGACCAAAGGCGCGUCGCCGCAGAGCAUCGCGACCUGUUCACCAACGACAAGCUUCUCGUGGACUACAUGAAGGCGUCCGCGAAGUCGACGAAGUUCAGCGAGAACGUUCUGAGCAUGGUCGUGGGGCAAAGGAAGCUCAUCAAUAUGUAUCUGGCGGGUGUUCUUGACAAGAGCGACGAGAGCGCUGCGGCGGAGGCGGCGGCGGCCGCGGAUGGGAAUCGCAGACGUCCGCGAGACGACGCGGAGGGAGCGGCGGACGCGAGGUUCAACCAGCAGCAGCUCCAGUUCGAGUCCGCGAUCAACGAGAGCGUCGACCGUGCGCUCAGGGCGAACCAUUCGGAUGAUUGGGAGGACGCAGACGAUGCGCGCGAGGAGGCAUGGCAGAAGGGGAAACCCAUUAUCUGCCUCGGCAAACCAGGCACGGGGAAGACUACCGUGGUGAAGGCUUGCAUCCGGCGUGCCCAGGACAAUGGCGCCCGAGUGCUCUUCGCGCUCCCGACGGCACAGCUCGCGAGCCGCAUGCGGGCCGCGCUCAACGACAUGCACGGCGUGGAGGUGGCCACGUGUCACGCAGCGUUCAAGCUGAACGAGCCUGUCACGGAGUCGUUGCCGCUGAUGACCAUGUACGACCUGGUCGUCGUGGACGAGGUGUCGCUCCUUGACUGUCCGCAGUUUGAGCGCAUGGUGAAGUUGUGGAGCGUCGCAGAGAAGGUCCCGGCGCUCGUGUUCCUGGGCGACAAGUAUCAGCUUCCGGGCGUCGGGGAGACGCGCGCAUGGGAGAGCGCCGCCUGGUCACGGCCAGCGUGUUAUCACGUGAAGCUGCACGAUGCGUGGAGAUGCAAGGAGGAGCGCUUUCAGGAGAUCCUCGACGAGAUCCGCACGGCGAAGCCGUCGAAGGAGACGUUGGCGAAGAUCUGUCGGGGGCACAAAGCUUGGAAGAUGGGCGAUCCGACGCCGACGGAUCUGAAGAAGCUCUACGAAGCGCACCCGGAGACGACCGUCGUCACGUGUACCCGGAAGGGAGCGAAUGCAGUGAACGAAGCUGCAGUGAAGGCUCUGUAUGGUCGGAAGUCCCCGCUGGCAGUCCUUCCGGGCGACGUGGAACUGAACCCAGAGAACUACGAGCAUGGGCAGUUCCGCACCGAUCGCCGCCCCCUGCCGAGCGCUGUGCCGGUGUACAAGGGCAUGCAGAUUUACCUCACGAAGAACGUUCGCAAAGAGGAUGAUUUCGUGAAUGGUAUGUUAUGCGUGGUCGAGAACUACCACGAGGCCGAAGACGUCCUGCGCGUGAAGACAAAGACGGGGCACCGCCUCGCUAUUUUCCGCUGGACUGAUCGCGUGCCUCGGGCGCUCGUGAGCGCUAUCUCCGAGCUAUCUUUGAAGGACGCCACAGUCGGCGCCUUCGCUGUAGCCUUUGCGCCCGCUGCGGCCGCCGCCCACGCCAGGCGUGCCUCGGGCGCUCGUGAGCGCUAUCUCCGAUCUAUCUUUGAAGGCGUGCCUCGGGCGCUCGUGAGCGCUAUCUCCGAGCUAUCUUUGAAGGACGCCACAGUCGGCGCCUUCGCUGUAGCCUUUGCGCCAGCUGCGGCCGCCGCCCACGCCAGGCGUGCCUCGGGCGCUCGUGAGCGCUAUCUCCGAGCUAUCUUUGAAGGCGUGCCUCGGGCGCUCGUGAGCGCUAUCUCCGAGCUAUCUUUGAAGGACGCCACAGUCGGCGCCUUCGCUGUAGCCUUUGCGCCCGCUGCGGCCGCCGCUUACGCCAGGCUGCCCUCCAACCCGGUUGGGCGCAUCUCCGAGUUGAUGGAAGGAUGCCCGACAGUCGUCGCCUUCGCUGUAGCCUUUGCGGCCGCUGCGGCCGCCGCCCACGCCAGGCUUGCCUCGGUCGCUUUCGUGAGCUCUAUCUCCGAAGCUAUCUUUGAAGGCUUGCCUCGGGCGCUCGCGAGCGCUGUCUCCGAGCUAUCAUUGAAGGGCGCCACAGUCGGCGCUUUCGGUGUAGCCAUUGCGCCCGCUGCGGCCGCCGCCCACGCCGGGCGUGCCUCGGGCGCUCGUGAGCGCUAUCUCCGAGCUAUCUUUGAAGGCUGCCUCGGGCGCCUCGUGAGCGCUAUCUCGAGCUAUCCGAGCUUCUUGAAGGGCGCCCGGGCGCCACAGUCGGGCGUGCCGCGGGCGCUCGUGAGCGCUAUCUCCGAGCUAUCUUUGAAGGGCGCCACAGUCGGCGCCUUCGCUGUAGCCUUUGCGCUCGCUGCGGCCGCGGCCCACGCCAGGCGUGCCUCGGGCGCCCGUGAGCGCUAUCUCCGAGCUAUCUUUGAAGGCGUGCCUCGGGCGCUCGUGAGCGCUAUCUCCGAGCUAUCUUUGAAGGACGCCACAGUCCGCGCCUUCGCUGUAGCCUUUGCGCCCGCUGCGGCCGCCGCCCACGCCAGGCGUGCCUCGGGCGCUCGUGAGCGCUAUCUCCGAGCUAUCUUUGAAGGCGCGCCGCGGGCGCUCGUCAGCGCUAUCUCCGAGCUAUCUUUGAAGGACGCCACCGUCGGCGCCUUCGCUGUAGCCUUUGCGCCCGCUGCGGCCGCGGCCCACGCCGGGCGUGCCUCGGGCGUGCCUCGGGCGCUCGUGAGCGCUAUCUCCGAGCUAUCUUUGAAGGACCCCACAGUCGGCGCCUUCGCUGUAGCCCCUCUGCGCCCGCUUGCGGCCGCCGCCCACGCCAGCGUGCCUCGGGCGCUCGUGAGCGCUACUCCGAGCUUCUUGAAGGACGCCACAGUCGGCGCCUUCGCUGUAGAUCUGCGCCCGCUGCGGCCGCCGCCCACGCCAGGCGUGCCUCGGGCGCUCGUGAGCGCUAUCUCCGAGCUAUCUUUGAAGGACGCCACCGUCGGCGCCUUCGCUGUAGCCUUUGCGCCCGCUGCGGCCGCGGCCCACGCCAGGCGUGCCUCGGGCGCCCGUGAGCGCUACCUCCGAGCUAUACUUGAAGGCGUGCCUCGUGCGCUCGUGAGCGCUAUCUCCGAGCUAUCUUUGAAGGACGCCACAGUCGGCGCCUUCGCUGUAGCCUUUGCGCCUGCUGCGGCCGCCGCCCACGCCAGGCCCAUGCCAGGCGUGCCUCGGGCGCUCGUGAGCGCUAUCUCCGAGCUAUCUUUGAAGGACGCCACAGUCGGCGCCUUCGCUGUAGCCCUUGCGCCCGCUGCGGCCGCCGCCCACGUCAGGCGUGCCUCGGGCGCUCGUGAGCGCUAUCUCCGAGCUAUCUUUGAAGGCGUGCCUCGUGCGCUCCUGAGCGCUAUCUCCGAGCUAUCUUUGAAGGACGCCACAGUCGGCGCCUUCUCUGUAGCCUGUGCGCCCGCUGCGGCCGCCGCCCACGCUAGGCGCGCCGCGGGCGCUCGUGAGCGCUAUCUCCGAGCUAUCUUUGAAGGCGCGCCUCGGGCGCCCGUGAGCGCUAUCUCCGAGCUAUCUUUGAAGGACGCCACAGUCGGCGCCUUCGCUGUAGCCUUUGCGGCCGCUGCGGCCGCGCGCACUCUCGCGGCGAUGGGCCCUCGGCGCUGCUCUGGCUUUGCGACCGACGACGGGAUCGUCAUCGAGUGCUGCUUCUAUCCGUGGGAGAAGGGCAAGCGCGCGCAGGGCAAGUUCGAGGGGAAGUGUCAGCGGUGCUCUCCCAUUCGCAUGGCAACCAUCUGCGCGACGCCGCAGCAGUCCAAGCUGACCGCGCACAGCCUGGCGAACCUGCACAAGCUUGACAUCGGCAUCUACGACAUGGCCGUGGAGCGGGUGAAGAUGCACGAGAGGGGCGAUCAGCUCAUUGCCCGCGCUGUCGGCAUAAUCUCGGAGCGCUCGCAGGUGGGCGUGCCGCCACCGCCGCCAAUCGAGGGUGACCAGGGCGACGUGGUGUCGCAGCCCGCCGAGGAGGAUAUUCCUGCUGCCAUGGAGCCCGACGAGGGAGCAGCCGCAGCAGGGCCAGCAGCGGCAGCGGAGCCGCGGCCCGUACCCGCGGAAGGCGAGGGCGCGGCCGCUGGGCGCAGACGCAAGCGCCUCUGCGAGGGAUACAGCCUGGCGCGCGCCAUGGGCCGCAGGCUCCGCAGCAAGGAGGACGAGGGGGUCUGCUUGUUCUCCCGAGAGCAUCCUGGACAGCGUGCCAUAGCGCUCGACGGGAAGUGCCUCUGGUGCACGCCUGCUCGCAUGAAGGAGGCGGCAAGCAAUCCCGCCAAGAAGCAACAUGCCGUGACCGACCUGAAGAAGUUCGAAGCUCGCAACCCUGCGCUGAAGCAGAAGGCGCUGGGGCGUCUGCGCAGGCACCUCACCGCGCAGGAAUAUAAGGUCAUCGUCACGCCGCACAACUGCUGCCGCGGCGCAGGGGAUGCCAUGUGCCCCUUCAGCACGACGAACCCAGGGCAGCCCGCGUACGUGAAGAAGGCCGACAAGCACCUGUGCAGUUGGUGCGACCCGCAGAGAUUGCAUGGCAUGCAAAGCGUGAAUCGAACAGGAGUGUUGAAGCAGCUGCAGAUUUUUCGCGAGAAGGACGAGAGCGUCUUCGACAAGGCAGAAGCCAUCCUGAAGGCUGUGUUCGGGGACAACUACCGCGCGCAGAUGAGGAAGAAGACGGUGCGCCACAACCAGCAGGCGGCACGAGCCCCGAGGCGCAAGGGCACCACGAACUGGCCAGAGAAGUUGCAGAAGCGGAAGUUGGUGAUGCAGGACCCCAAAGACAGCAAGGAGGCUCGCAAGAAGUUCCGCAAGCUCACGCUGGACAACCACAAGAAGGUUGAGAAUUCGUUCUUCAAGGACAAGGCCGAGCGGAAGGAGCGGGGGCGCGUCGACGAGGUGCCCAAGGGUCCUGCCUUGGACCCGCCGGUAGAGCCAGCGGGUUUCAGCGACCUCUCGAAGGGGCUGGAGUCCUGGGCUUUGCGCGGCUCCUGGGGAAUGUGCAAGGAAUGCGGCGUCCUGCAGCCGCGCCCGAUGCACGAGAUCGACAUGUUCCGAGACGCCAGCGAGGAGAUCUCGAAGAGCGCUUGCCGUCGCUGUAACGCCGCCCGAAAGAUGUACGUCCCGCAGCCUGAGGACGUGCCAGGGCCUCUCCGCGGACUGUCGGAGGAGAUCGUGGAGGCUCUCCGGCCCAUCGAGAUCGACGUCGGCCCCGGGACGCGCUCCACCGACUCAACCGGGCGCCCGAACGGCUACCGCAAGAAGGUGAAGAUGAUUACUUUCUAUUUCUCGCGGUGGAGCGUCAAGGACAAGAUCAAGGAGCUGGAAGGUCGCGAAGCGCGCAGUAGAGCGCGGAAGGCACAUGAUUACCUCAUGUCCUGCGAAGACUCCGCCUACGAGCACUUCCACAACAUGCAUGCCAAGUUCCUUCGCAAGCAGGGUGAGGAUGCGCCCGAUAGAAAGCGGAAGCGCCCGUACCACUUCCUCCAGGAAGUCGGGUUGGAAUGCGCUCUGUGGCCGCACCUGUACUGGCGCACGGAUAUGACGGAGACGCACGAGCAGUGGUCCGACGCGCGCCGCUCGGAGAGGCGCGACGCCCAGGAGACGAGGAAGACAAAGGGCAAGGCCAAGUACCCAUGCCAGUCGGACUCGGACGACGAGGAAGACGACGGCGACGACGCUGCAGGCAGUGGCCAGCGCACCAGCGUUAAGCGGUCGUUCAUGAUCAAGUGCUUGUCGCCACUGCUCGGGUACGGGUCCAACUUCGUGCUGCUGCAGUUCGUGUACGACCUCAAUCUGUGGGCUACGCUCGGAGCCAAGAAGAACCUCGGCUUGGACAACGUCCCGAUGAGGGUACUCAUGAAGGGUCACACCUUCUCGCCAAUGUACUGGAAGGAGGUGCACAACGGCCUCGUCGACCUGGUCCGACAGGUGGGCUUUCCGAAGCUCUUCUUCACCAUCGCGCCCUGGGAGCCGUCCUUCAAGUACCGCGACUGGUUGCGCGACGAGAUGGAGAAGUCGCUGAAGACCCGCAUGAACUUGCCCGUCGGGGCGCUGCAUCAGGGAAACCGCUGCUGGACAAAGCACGUGUUCGCCGCGAAAGACGCCGACGGCAAGCAGGUCCGCGUGCAGACAUUUACGCGGCUGGAGUUCCAGGACGGAAGCCGCAAGGAGGGCACGAAGCGCUACGACGGCUCUGGCCGCCCGCACCUGCACGUGUUGUUCUUCGCGGACGAGGAUGCCAUGGCGAACAUGAAGCUAGAGCACCACCUCUUCGCAACGAAGCCCGAGCAUUUCUCAGAACAUCUGAAGGGGUACGUGGACGGCUCCCAGUUCAACAAAUACGGCGACGUAGAAAGCAAGUGGCCGAUCUAUCACGGCCCACCAGGUGUCCACGGUGCCGACGGCAUCCUUCAGCUCAAGCACACAACGGAGGACCACGACGGUGGGAUGAGAGCGUAUUGCGCUGACGUGAUGGACGGCCUCCCGUGUCAUCAAGAUUGGCUCACCAGCGAUGGCGAGGCCAUGCUGCUACAAUACGUCUCCAAGUACGUCGCGAAGUUCUCAGACUCGAGCUACGACGAAUGGAUGAACGACCAGGCGUCCGCCGACAGCGUGGCACGCCGCGUAUGCUUUGAGUACCACCCGUACGAGCCAGAGAUGAUCCUCCAGCUGUGCGGCGCGCAGUUCAGGCAAUAUGAGAUCUCCACGAGCAGUGGCGGAUUCCGGACGGUCUCUGCGCCGUACGCGGGUAUGGCCGAGGUGCCCGAGUGGGUGCACAAGUAUGCCGAAUGCUCCUGGCGCCACGAGGAAAUGACCCUCCUAGAAUGGUUGCGAAAAACCACAGACGACGGUGCCAUUGCCGGGUGGCUGAGGCGCAGGCACAAGCAGGAGCUAGUGCUGGCACUCUAUCGCCGGUAUCGUGCGUUCGUAGCCGAGGGCGAGGAUUACCUGACGCUCGACGCCCACUGGCGCACCCUUCGCGCCGAAUUCAAGGACGACAUGGCCGUGGACAAUGGAAGCAACGUGAGUGACGGCGAGGGCGAUGCGGAGGAGUGCACGCAGCCCGCGACCUUCGAGAAGUUUCUUUCGAAGAAGCACGACAGCGAGAAGCAGGACGGCGAGCCGGACUUCCCCACGGUGGAGGAGUUCGCGCGGUCGUAUAAGAUGCAAGGCGAGAAGGUGGUCAGCGUCGACACCGUCUACGAACUCAACGACCGCUACUACGGCCAGUGGGCAGCCAUGAACGUUCCCUUCCGGUCGCUUGACCAGUUGUUGUUUGAGGACGUCGACAGGCUCGUCCCGCGCAGGUACCGAUACUUAGCAUCGGCGCUGCGGCUGUGUUCCGACCAGAGGCGCGUUGCCGAGGAGCACUGGAAUCUGUUCACCGACGACAGGAGCCUGGUAGACUACAUGAAGGCGUGCGCCAAGUCGCAGAAGUUCGUCGACAACGUGCAGCGCAUGGUCAUCGGUCAGAGGAAACUCGUCGAUAUGUACUUGACGGGCGUCCUCAACAAGGACGACGAGCAGGCCGCGGCUGAUGCGGAGGCCGCUGUUGUUGGAAAUCGCAGGCGGCCGCGCGACGACGCGGAAGGAGCUGCGCCUGUCGUAUUCAACGACAAGCAGUUCCUCUUCGAGUCCGUGAUUAACGACAGCGUGGACCGCGCAAUCCUGGCAAAUCAUUCCGACGAUUGGGAAGAGGCAGAUGACGCGCGGGAGAACGCGCACCAGAACAACAAGCCAAUCGUCUGCCUCGGGAAGCCAGGCACGGGCAAGACCACAGUGGUGAAGGCUUGCAUCCGGCGCGCACAGGAGAAGGGCGGCCGCAUUCUGUUUGCGCUUCCGACUGCGCAGCUGGCCAGUCGAAUGCGCGGAUCGCUGAGCGACCUCGAAGGCGACGGCGUGGAAGUGGCCACGUGCCACGCAGCAUUCAAGCUCAACGAGCCAAUCACAGAGUCACUGCCUCUCAUGACGCUCUACGACCUGGUCGUCGUAGACGAGGUGUCUCUCCUCGACUGCCAGCAGUUCGAGCGCAUGAUCAAGCUGUGGAAAGUGGCUGGGCAAGUGCCGACGCUCGUCUUCCUAGGAGACAAGUACCAGCUGCCCGGCGUCGGGGAGACGCGUGCAUGGGAGAGCGUCGCCUGGCCAAAGCCACGGUGCUUCCACGUGAAGCUCACUGAAGCGUGGAGGUGCAAGGAGGAGCGUUUUCAAGAUAUCCUUGACGAGCUCCGAACCUCGAAGCCCAGCAAAGACACGCUCAAUCGUAUUUGCCGCGGGCACAAGGCCUGGAAGAAGGGUGACCCAACGCCUGCUGAUCUCAAGAAGCUCUUCGACGAGUGCCCGAACACAACUAUCGUCACCUGCACGCGCAGAGGGUCCACGGCCGUGAACGAAGCGGCGGUGGAGGCCAUCUACGGGCGGAAAUCCCCACUGGUGACGCUCGACGGCGACGUGGAGCUCAACCCCGAGAACUACCGCGACGGCGAGUUCCGCACCGACAGGCGCCCGAGGCCCAGCAAAGUCCCGAUCUACAAAGGCAUGCGCCUGUACCUCACGAAGAACGUCCGAAAGGAAGAUGACUUCGUGAACGGCAUGCUCUGCACGGUCGGGAACUACUACGCGGACGAGAGCAUGCUGCGGGUGAAGACGAAGACCGGAAAGCAGUUGGCAAUCACCUUGUGGACCGACCGCGACAAGAACAAUGCUGUGUACUUUCCCAUCCGCAUGGGCUACGCGAGCACUAUCGACAAGGUCCAGGGAGACGAAUUCCCUCACAUCACUAUCUACCUGGACGGGUGGCCGCGUCCCGCGGCAGGAUACACGGCGCUCAGCCGCGUUGCCACGUCCGACUGCUACAAGAUCGGCGGACACGUAGAUCGCGACCACUUCAUCCCGGCCUUCUGA